GGAUUUUAGUAAUAAUUUAAAAUUGUUAGGAGUCAGUCGAGUGUGUGGAAGAACUGUUAAAAGUAUCCGCGGAUUCGAACAAAGCAAAAGUAUCACCGAGUAUACAUCCUGUACUAAUUGGCAAAAACGGAGUCAACUCUGUAAUAACCUACAUCAUAUUCAAUAAAUGCAACAGCCUGAUCAGAAUAGCAGCUCACAUCAGAACACUUACACAAUGAAUACAAGUAAACCAUUAAAAAAACAAACUAGUGCGUUGGAUAACAUUGCAUUUCAUCUUGGAAUUGGAGAAUCAGAUAGCGAUCACGUUAAUGAUCGGAAUCUUUAUGUAACGCUAUUGUUAUUAGGAGUAUUGGUGAUAGUGUUCAUUGCAAGUGUAACGGGUUUUUUUGUUAUGUGGUUCACUGAUGUGUAUGACAAUUCACUACUAGAGAAACUAAAAUUAAGUUACAAUUCAACGGCAGCUGAAUGGUGGGAAAGACCCCCCGUCAACCCGUUGUUGAAGGUACAUGUGUUCAACUAUACAAACACUGAGGAGUACAUCAGAGGAGAGGCAACGAAGUUAAAAGUAGUAGACAUAGGACCAUACGUAUAUCAUGAGACAACAGAGAAAGUAAACGUUUCUUAUAACGGUGACGGUACUAUCACUUAUAAGGAACGGCGAUCUUACCAAUUUUUGGCGAAUCAAUCAAGCGGUAUGCAGUAUGAUAAAGUCAUAGUUCCCAAUGUGCCAAUGCUUACCGCAGCUUCGAAGUACUUUUAUGAAUCAUUCUUUCAAAAAGUGUUACUAAAUUCCGCUUUGAGCGGUGUAAAUGCUGUUCCAUUCAAAACGCUUCCAGUAGAUUCUUUUUUGUGGGGUUACGAAGAUAAGCUUCUUAAUUUAGCAAAUCAAUUUUCUUUCAAUAGUGAGAUAUCUUUUAAAAAAUUUGGAAUUCUAAUGACGCGAAAUGGUACUAGUGCUGAAACGUUCACUAUAUACUCAGGUGAAAAAGAUUUGAAGCAAUUAGCUAUUAUAAAAGGGUUAGAUGGAAAGUCUUCAUUAAACUUGUGGACUACGGACGAAUGCAAUCGUGUGGAUGGAACAGAUGGCUCCCAGUUCCCCCCUCAUCUUAUGGACAAACGGCAGACUUUGUACGUGUUUAUCAAGUCUCUUUGCCGGAAAUUUCCUCUUAGGUAUGAGAAAGAAGUCACUCUAUUCGAUGGUAUUCCCGCAUGGCGUUAUAAAGCACCGUUAGAUGUAUUCGCUCAUCCUAAUAUUAGUGCCGAUAAUCAAUGUUUUUGUCAUCUCGGAUCGGCCUCUUGUCCACCUAGUGGAUUAUUGAAUGCAACUCUGUGUUCUUAUGGAGCUCCUAUUUAUGCUUCAUUCCCGCACUUUUAUACUGGUGAUGCAAGGCUUCUAGAGGUAGUAGAAGGCUUGAAUCCUCAGCGAGAAAAACAUGAAACAUAUGCCGAUAUUCACCCACGGCUAGCUUUUCCAAUUGAUGGUGCAUCACGGUUUCAGAUUAAUGUUCAAGUAAAAAAGACAUCUUACAUUACAGCUUUAGAAAGGUUUGAAGAUGGUGAUAUUCUGCCAGUUGUAUGGCUCGAAGUGGUUCCUGGUGUGAUCUCAGAGGAACUACGCAACAUGAUCUAUCAUAGUACUUUUAGUGCUAAUGCAAUUCAAUUGUCUUUUAAAUAUGGCUCUCUUCUGAUUUGCGUAACCACAUUCGCACUUCUUACCAUGGCUUGUUAUUGCCGUAUGAAAAAUACUAACCCUGAUGCAUACAGUUGCAAUAAACAAGCUGACCAAACCACGAAUGAAGUAAAGAGGUUAAGCUCGUCAAAUGAGAUGAAGAACCAUGAGUAAUUCAGAGAUAGGGCGACAUCCAUAAAUUACGUAAAGCGAAAACCCAAUAUUUAGACCUCCACCCCCCUAAUGCAACGAAACGUAACGCCAAUACCUACCCCCCGACAAACAUUACCUAACGCUGUAGAAGAAUUUGCCUGGUAAAAAUACUCGAUUUUGUAGAGUCUCUCCAGAGUUUUUAUGUUACGUAACUAUCGUACUUCCCUUUUCAAACAGCGUAACAAAUCGUAACGCUCAAGAAUAGCCCCUCUCCCCCCUAUGAGCGUUACGUAAUUUAUGGUUAGCUUUUUACGCUCCAUGAUGGCGGUCGUUAUAAUGCGUGUUCGUAAUAUGCGAACCUCUCUGCUUACGUCAGUUCUGGGAUUUCAGAUGAAUGGGCAACACAAAUGUUGCCAGUUAUAUUUUUCUGUUGACAAACUACAUGAAGACUCGAAACUGACAUGAGCAGAGUUGUCGAAAGGGUGGUUAUUUUUUUACGAUUUUCCUAUUAAAGCUCCGCUAUUAUGGCGCGUAAAAAAUUGGAUAGAAAUACAGCAGGUAGUUAAUAUACAAUGGCGAUUUAAUGAAAAGUGUCAGCUAUUGGAAGCUCACUGAUGAUGGUGACUGAUAACCAUUCCAUAGCUAAAACUCACUUCUUUGACAUUCAACUGAGAUAUUAUUUGUAAAUAGCAUCUAGUUUUUAAAUUAGAACAGCAGCUUUUAAUGCUAUUCGGUAGAUAAUCUGAUUGAAUCUUUUUGAAACGGCAGCACUGUACAAAUAACUACUAAUACGAAUCACUUAAACUGCUUUAAUUUUAAAAAUCUGUCACGUUAAGAAAAACGAAAAUAAAACUGCGUCAUAUAA